CAAGAGACUCUGAUUCGUCCACCUCAUGAAGCUUCUGCAUAUGCUGUCUUAGCGGCCGCAUAUCUCAUGGCGGCAGUGCACACACCGAGAGGCUAUUAUAAAGCGUUGCAUAACCCCCCUUUCAGAACCAGUCUGUCGGGUACAGCCGUUGGCUCUGUCCAGGCAACUGUCACCAUGACCACUCACGAUUUUAGCGAUCCGCUCUUUAAGGAUCUAAAUGACUACCUCAAUUGCGUUGAUUUGUUUGGGGAGUCACCACCUGGCUCCGUACUCCAGUGCCGUGCUGUUGCCAGGCGCACGGGCAAACAAUGCGAGCGGUACCCAAAACAUUCUCAUGCGGACAUUCGGCGCAACAAGUGGGAGUGGCUAGCCAAGCAGUCCGACUUUACUACAGAAAAGUUCUACAGCGAACUAGAGGAAUUUGCUCUCACAUCACAUUGUCUACCAUGGCACCGGAACGGGUCACCUACUCGGUCGCCAAUCAGUGAGCUCUUCCAAGAGUGGAAAACGAAACAGAUUGCCAAACAGAAGGCGAAGACUGCGCUGUCGAGCGAGUCUAAAAAAGCGCAAGUUUCGAAAUCGCUACCUCUGGAAUCUGAGUCGGAGAUAGAUGAAUCUGAGUUGGAUGACUGCCAGUCAACUGUGAGUGAGCACGUUUCCGAAGUCUUUGACGAAUCUGUUUUGGAGUGCGAUGCCACCACCCCUGAUUCCACUUUGGCCGAGAAUGAUAUUUUCCAAGAGCCUCCAGUUACAGUUUCCACAGUUAAGGAUUCACCAUCAUUAGGUGAAUCUGAACAUAGCUUCCAUGUGGAGGCGGCAGAGAACAGUGAGAAUGUGGUUGAGUUAGUAGAAGGGGACAAGACCACCGAAACCGUGGAAGAUGAGACCACCAAAGCAGUAGAAGACGAGGCUAUAGACGCGGUGAAGGACAAGGCUAUAAGAGCCUCAGAAGAUAAGGCUACCAACGUCCAGGAGGGUGACGUUACAGAAGCUAUAGACGAUAAGGCUGCGCAAACCGCUGAUUAUGAGGCACUCGGCGUCGAGGAGCCUGUUGUUGCAACACUUACAGCGGUAGUCGAUCACGGAGAGCAAGUACAAACAAGCACAGUUGAACUUUGCGCUGGGUCACCUGCUUUAGUCCCAAACCAGGAAGUCGUCGAGAUCAAUGCAUCAUCAGACGAGACAGUCGAACCAGAGACCGUUACUGAGAUGGCCUGUGCGCCGAUUGUUGUGCCUUUGGGUUUGGCUCCCCAGCCCAAUACUAAUGACGAUCAUGAAGUUGAAGAAUCAGUAGUUGCAAGCGACGACACCGAAGCUACACUGGACGAACAAGACACAUCAUCUUACAUCUUUGACUCAGCUAAUGAGGACUGCGCGAGCGGUGACUGCCCACGCCAGAUGCCAACAACGUAUGACGAUAUGGGGUCGACUGUUGUAGGUAGUCUAGAAGAUGUGCCGUCUCCCAGAAGGAGAAGGGGGUUCCGCCAGCUAGGAUACGGGUUUGGUCAGGUUAAAGACAAAUUCGGGAGUGCUAAACGUGCUGGAGGUGCAUACAUUAAGAAUGCUGUGGGCGAAUUCAAGGGUGGCAUGAAAGAGUUCGAUCAGAAGAGGGAGGAAUUGGCAAUGUCGAAAGCGAAGGCAGAGCCUGUAGAGGUGUAAGUACUGGCAUCGGUAGUGGUGGCGGUGCUAGUGCUAUGAAAUCUGUGUUUGUCAGCCCUUAUUUCUGCUGCUUCUAGUUUUUUUGUUUUCCAUUGGUAAUAGAAUUAGCACUUUCACUAUCACUGAGU